ACUCCAUGUGAUAGCCUCGAGCGACGCGCGCUCGCUCACGUGGUCGCCGCAGUACUAACUAACCGCACGCGCCAAAUUUAAAUUACGGAAUUAACUUUUUUUUUUAAUCAUCUUUUUUUUUCGAUUUCAAUUCUAACGUGCCAGCCAGUGUUCGCGUUAUGUUAAAUUCGUAGUUUCUAUUCAAGAAGUUUCGAUCGAAAUUGAAACGUAACAGUGAUGUGCAAUUUUAGUGCUGAUUCCGAGUUCUUUUUUUAAAACAGUACGUAUGUAUUGGCAUUUCGGUAAAGAUCUAUGAAUUUAGGUGUAUUCGCGUCGUAUAUAUGAUUGCCCGAUUAACACGUACGAAAUAAAACAAAAAAAACGAAUGAAGUUAUUACAUUUUGGUACAUGAUCGGUCCGAGAUAAUCACAUAUCGAAUGUGAAGAGCAUCAAUUUCCUUACAGCCAUCAAUAAUAACGGACCGAGUAAACAAUAACAUUAUUUGUUGUCAGACAGUGACGGAGGCAUACAAGAGAGCGAGACGUAACUACACUCAUCGAUCUAAGAAAAUAGAAUUCUCAUACGAAAUGUAAUGGCGGUACGAUAAUCGUGUAAAAGUUCACGAUAGUUGCCCAACGCUCUGCGGUAACAAUACAACACGUCCGGCUCACGUGGAGCCCGGACAAAUCGAUUUACGAACGGGCCACAAGCGAAAUUAGAGAUCCAAUUACGUCGGACGCUUAAAUCGGUCAUCUCGGCCAAUAGAUAAUGAUCUGUCGAUGAUUUACGCCGCGUUAAACCGACAAUGCCACGAGAUAACCUCGAGUCCGCCAGCACAAUGCGACCAAUUAGAUAAGACGGGCUCCUCUCGGCAACAUGACUAAAAUGAACAGGACCGAUAUGAACGAACACGGUUUAAGCGUCGACGAUAUUUUCAGCGAAAACUACAACGCGAAACGAAAGAGGAUCCAGUUGGAGAGCUUCGACGGGAAACAUUUGACGAAAAUCGAUUCCGGCAUCGAGAAGUCCGACGAACCGCCGCGAGAAGACCUGAAGGCGAAAACGAAAAGCUACGACGAUACCGAAUACGACAUCGAUAAGAUCGUGCAAGCGAAUAUGAUUAUCGAUAAAGAAUCGAGUAAGACGAUACGAUUGGAGUUGAGGCAGCCCGGAGACGGCGGCACCUCAGAUAUUGACGUUCAGGCCGUUGAGAACUUAGACCCUAAUAAUUACACAGUUAAAACUGACAGCAGACUCAAUACGGGAAAUGAAAAGAACGUAGACUACAACAUGAACGGAUGCGAAAACGAGAAUAGAGAGCGUCUCGGUGGCGGCGGGCUAGGUCUGGGCGGCGGCGGAUUCAGAGGCGGCGGGCAGCCAUCGCUAGCUGACUUCCAGCCGCCGUACUUCCCGCCGCCCUUCGCCCCCGCACCGCACCCCGCCAGCCCUCAUCACCAGCAACAGAGUCAUGGCAUGGAGUACGGCGGAGGCGGUGGUGGUGGCGCGGAAUACGCUCAGCACUACGCCCCACAGCAGCUGCUACCACGACACCACGGACACCACGAACCACACGCGCAUCUGCGACAUCACAGGGACCACCACGACGCUAUACAUGCACACCAUCUGUCACACGGAGGCUUCAGUUAUGGAGGCGGCGAAAGGAGGGCGGACUACGGCGCUAGGGAGCAACACGAACUCGCACUGCACCACGCGCUGCAUUCGACAGACGAAACGCCGAACGCCGCGAUGGAUGACACCACUGGUUUCAUGACGGAUCUGCCUUUGUUGAAAACAAUGAAAGGUCGGGACGGCAUUGGCGGAAGCGGCAGCUGCGCUCCCAACGACGUGUUCUGCUCGGUUCCCGGUCGGCUGUCUCUCCUGUCCUCGACCAGCAAGUACAAAGUCACCGUGGCGGAGGUGCAAAGGAGACUGUCUCCGCCGGAGUGCUUGAACGCUUCGCUACUCGGAGGGGUGCUAAGGAGAGCGAAAAGCAAAAAUGGCGGGAGAUUACUUCGGGAGAAAUUGGAGAAAAUCGGCCUGAACUUACCGGCGGGGAGACGGAAAGCCGCUAAUGUUACGUUAUUAACCUCUUUAGUUGAAGCCGAAGCGGUACACCUGGCCAGAGACUUCGGUUACGUAUGCGAGACGGAGUUCCCGGCGCGAGCCCUAGCCGAGUACCUCGCGAGACAGUACGCGGAACAUGACGCCAGACGACGCCGAGACCUGCUGCAGGCCACUAAACAGGUAACGAAAGAACUUAUGGAUCUGCUGAACCAGGAUCGGUCCCCGUUGUGCAACACCAGACCCCCACAUUUACUGGAGCCGGCCAUACAGCGACACCUCACACAUUUCUCACUCAUAUCACACGGAUUCGGAGGGCCGGCUAUAGUGGCCGCGUUAACAGCAAUACAGAACUUUCUCAACGAAUCGCUCAAGCAUCUAGACAAAUUGUAUCCACAAAGCGGUAUGGUCUCGUCUUCGAUGGACAAAACAAAAAUGGAUCCCGACAUCAAGAAGUAACAAAUAAUACGCGACGGCGGCGACGUCCGCUAUCGUCAUGUUACCGGUGAACGAAAACGGUGACGCGGGUCCGUGCAGCACGCAGGAACGAAGCAACGAAAACACGCGUUUCGAUUUUUGAACGUCAAUCGAGAAUGUUCUCGGUGUGCCAUUUUAUAUGAUACAGCCAAAACUAAAUCAACAAUCACUGAGAUUGUGUUCGUAAUAAAAAAAGAAUGACUCAUAAAUAAAACCGAAAUAAUUAUAUUAAAAUUAUCGAAAAUGUUCAUUAAUUUCAUAUAAAGGUUGAUUGCACGAUUUUUUUUCCGUCUCUAUUGAAAGAGUACAAAUAAGAGAAAAUUAUUAAAAAAAAUAGCGUUUUUUACGAAAUACACGCGACGAUCGUGCGAUCCGCAUACAAAUAAAGUGCAAUUAUAAUACUCAUGAUUGUGAGAAAAAUCUGUAAAUAUAAUUAUAGUAAUUAAAAACGUCUAGUAUUAAUUUAAGCAUUUACUAUAGAAUUUUAUUAUGCCCGUUGGUUAAGUGAUUUCUUAGGUGAAAAUCAAGGAACAAACUGUUGUCUCGAUAACUCCGUAGGUGCUUCGGAGAUUAUGAGAAAAAUGGCGAGAAAAAAAUGAAUUUGAAAUAAGAAUAAAGAAAUUACAGAAACGUUUAAUUAUGUAUCUCUUAAGAGCGUAAAUAAGCAAAGUUUAUGCUUUCCUAAUGGUUAAGAAGAAAAACGGGAUGCAUUUAGUGUUAACAACUAAAAGUAUUACCGUAUUUUCUCCAGGCGAAAUGACAAUAAAGCAAUAAUUUUAUUAAUUAUAAACACCGGCCUAAUUAUAGACGAUCUGGGCAAAAAAUGCAUUGACUUUGAAACUUCACGAUGCAGCUACGGAGUUAAAUAUUUAUUAGGGUAAAACGACCGCAAUAAAAACAUAUCAAACAAAUGUAAAUACAUACAGUAACAAUUUAUAGUUUUUCACAAGUUUUCAAUACAAAAAGAUUUUUAGAUCAGCCUCUAUUUGAUUAAAUUUUCAGUAAAAAAAUUCAGUUUAUUUUGUAUAAAUAAACAGGCGAAGGAGUUUAGUCGCUGACUAUUCUCGUUACACUUUUACUGAUGGAACCUCUUUUAAUUUGUUUUUGUAAUUUAGGCGUUAGUUUGCUAGUGAUUCAAUGUGAAAGUGUGCCAAUUAGUUCGUAAAUAUGAAAAUGUCUCUCUUUCUGAAGGUUUUUUAAUAAUUUAUUUAUUGUGGCUUGUAAAUAACUCGAUCGAAAUGCUACAUCCUUGCCUGUGUUUAUUCUUUUCUAUUAUAAUAUUGUAAAUUAAGGCACGUUUACUCCUAUAUUUUAAUGUUUGUUGGACUUCUAUAUUUUAAUUGUAAUUUUAACAUUCAAGCAACACAAUGCUAUCACAAGAUUUGCAUUAUUAAAAUGUUGACUGAUUAAACUUUGUGACGUGAAAAAUUUUAACUGUAUAACUCAUUAUGUAAUCAAUUUGUUGUUCAUCGAACUAAUUUUAAGUUAGUAAAUCGCCUAAAUCCUUUUCCUUCUCCAUUACAUACUCAGUAUUAGAUAGACCCUUUCCUAAAAUCAUUGGAUUGAGAUCAUUUGACAAGUAUUUUUAUUUACAUAUUUUUAUCAUUAUUACAAGAUUGUGGACAAUAAAUGUGAAAAAUGCUGUAUUAGGAUUCAAAAUUGUCAUUUAUUUUAAAUUAAAUACAUAUUUUCGUUUAUAAUAAUUUAAUGAUCAUCUUUUCGAGGAGUAAAUGGUGUCAACAUA